AUGGAAGCGUCUGACAUUGAACCUAGCGUUGGAAAGUUCAUACAUAGCCAGUAUGGUAUAAGACCCUUAACAAAGCUGGCUGCCGCUGCACCGAAGAACAGCAUGAAAAAUAAACCUUCCUCUGAUGAUCCAUAUGCAGUGGGGUCUGAGGCAGAGCAACUUGUGCCUCUCCAGCUGAAGCCUGAAGGUGAGCUGUUCACCUGCUGUGAUGGCACAGAAGAUAUCAGCCAGAGCUCCUCCAAUGACACACCUGCGCCAAAGAGACCCGUCUGCCAACCCUGCAGUCCUGAUGAACAUGGGGACACCACCACAGAACAAGACAGCUCCAAUGAGGAGGAGGUUGUUUCCAAAGAGAAGGCUGAAGAGUUAAGUGAAGAGGAGACGUCUUAUGAAGAGGUAUUUGAGACUGAUGAGGGAGAGAUGGAGGAAGAACUUCUCGAGGUUGUGAGAGGGGGAGAGAGCUCAGAGGAGGAGGAUGUAGAGGCUGACAUGGAUGUUGAGGAAUCUGUGGAAGUGGAGGUUCAUCAGAUUGAGGAGGAGGUUCAUCAGACUGAGGUUGAAGAGGAGGUUCAUCAAACUGAGGGUGAGGUUGAGGAGGAAGAGGAGGUUCAUCAUACUGAGGAUGAGGUUGAGGAGGAAGAGGAGGUUCAUCAGAUUGAGGAGGAGGUUCAUCAGACUGAGGUUGAAGAUGAGGUUCAUCAAACUGAGGGUGAGGUUGAGGAGGAAGAGGAGGUUCAUCAAACUGAGGGUGAGGUUGAGGAGGAAGAGGAGGUUCAUCAGACUGAGGAUGAGGUUGAGGAGGAAGAGGAGGUUCAUCAGACUGAGGAUGAGGUUGAGGAGGAAGAGGAGGUUCAUCAGACUGAGGAUGAGGUUGAGGAGGAAGAGGAGGUUCAUCAGACUGAUGAUGAGGUUGAGGAGGAGGUUCAUCAAACUGAGAAUGAGGUUGAGGAGGAAGAGGAGGUUUCUCAAACUGAAGAAGAGGUAAAUGAGGAAUCAUCUCAGACUCAGGUGGAGGUACUGGAGAAGGAGGAGGUUAUUCAACAUGAUGAGGUGGCAGAUGAGGUUCCAAGUUCUGAAGAAGAGGCAGAGAUGGUUCCUCAGCCUGAAGAACCACUGGAGCACAUAGAGAAUGUCUCAGAGGAGUCUACAUCUGUGGAAGAACCUGAAGAUGAAAUAGAGGAGGCGGAUGCAGCAGCUGCUGAAGAACAAGCAGCAGAGGUUGUUGAGGAGGUUGUGGAAAUAACCCAAGAAGAAACGGAGGAUGUGACAGAAACUACUCCAGAAGAUGUGGUCCAAGAUGUUCCUGCACCUGCUGGAGAAGUCACAGUGUCAGCUGACAAUCCAGCACUCAAAGAAACUAUGAAAGGUACAGUAUGA